AUUUGUUUAAUCGAUCAUUCGACGAUUUCACGGAGGGUUUUUGAUCGACGAUUCGGUGGAUCUGUUUUGAUCUAGUCGCCCGUCACCGGUGUGAAUCGCGAUCCACGUGGACGUUUCGCGGCCUUUUGUGGAGAGUGUAGGAUCUUUAGAUUUACGGUUUUUUUUUUGUGGAUCGAAUGGGCGAUUGUUAUUUAUGAGACAGGGAGAACUGAGGGUAGAGAGGACGGGUGUCUCUCGUUGGGCGAUCGGGGGAUCGUGAUCGGUGGAUCUUCAGCUGGAGGCGGCGUACUCGACUGGAAAAAUUGUGUGGUUGAUCGGACAGAGAGGAGAAGAGAUCGAAAGCGACGGAUAGCGUUUGGGGCGAGAAUUUUAGGGAUUAUGGAACAAGGACGGGAGACGAAAAUGACGAAAAGUUCCGCGGAUUACGUUAAGGCCAUCGAGAGCGGCGUUCAACCGACCCAGGUAGUCGAGACAAAGGUGUACAGGAGACGAUGGCUGAUCCUGGUGAUUUUCAUCCUGUACAGUGCCAGCAACGCGAUGCAAUGGAUCCAAUACAGCAUAAUCGCAAACAUCGUGAUGGACUACUACAAAGUGUCCAGCUUUCUGGUGGACAUGACCAGUAUGAUAUUCAUGAUAACGUACAUUCCAUUCAUAUUUCCGGCGAGCUAUCUCCUCGACAAAUUCGGGUUGAAAUUUGCGGCGCUGGCCGGAGCGAUCGGUAACACCCUGGGCGCGUGGAUCAAGGUGUUCAGCGUGAAUCAGGAUCUGUUCUGGCUGACGUUCGUCGGGCAAACCGUGGUCGCCGUCAGCCAGACCUUCAUACUGUCCGUUCCAGCCCGUCUGGCCGCCGUUUGGUUCGGUCCGGAUCAGGUUAGCAGCGCGUGCAGCAUCGGCGUUUUUGGAAAUCAGUUGGGAAUAGCCAUUGGUUUCCUCUUUCCUCCGAUGCUGGUUCCAAGCAGCAACGAUCCAUCGGUCAUCGGUCGUGGACUCCAAAUCAUGUUCUACAUCGUGGCAGCGUUCACCACGAUGAUCCUGAUCAUGAUACUCCUCUUCUUCAAGUCUGAACCACCGCUGCCACCGAGCCCAGCCCAGGCGGUGCAACGUGAAGCGGAGUCCACGGAAAGUUUCUUCCAGUCUGUAAAAAAGCUAGUCACAAACGUCGGUUACUUGUUGCUUCUGCUCAGCUACGGUAUCAACGUCGGUAUUUUCUACGCGAUCAGCACCCUACUGAAUCACAUCGUUCUCCAAUAUUUCCCGCAUCACGAGAAGGACGCCGGAAGAAUAGGUCUAACUAUUGUCUGCGCCGGAAUGCUGGGAUCGGUUGUGUGCGGCAUUGUUCUCGACAAAACGCAUAAAUUCAAAGAAACAACGCUCGGGGUGUAUCUUUUUUCGUUCCUGGGCAUGAUCAUCUUCACGUUCACCCUCGACAGCAGUCAAAUAUACGUCAUUUAUGUGACGGCCGGUUUAUUGGGAUUCUUCAUGACCGGCUAUCUACCAGUGGGCUUUGAGUUCGCCGCGGAAUUAACGUACCCCGAACCGGAAGGAACGUCCGCCGGCCUUCUGAACGCGGUCUGCCAAGUGUUUGGUAUUGUCUUCACGAUCCUCUACGGCCACUUCUUUCACAUCUGGGGCGAUUUCUGGGCGAACAUCGCUCUUUGCAUCACCCUAGCACUCGGAUCUUUCCUAACGACUAUCAUACCGAAUGAUCUACGACGGCAGAACGCUAAAUUUUAAAACGAUCCUCCGCUUCUAUGAUCCAAUAUGGCGACCAUAGAAGUGUGAGGUUAGGAG